UCAGUGCUGUUCAAGAUGGAGAGAAAAUAACGCGUGCCCGUCCGUAAGGUGGUCGUAAAUAAGAAAGUCUCAUCUGAAAAGGAGUAUCCCCGAAGGAGACGGUGGAUCGGCGUGAGAAAUGGCGAAAUCCGUGCUCAGCUCGGACACGCUGCCAAAGGCAGGCCGCGUAAACGAAGUUUGUCGCGAAUGGCUGGUACACGAAGACGGAGCACUCGCGUAUCGUUUGCAGGACGAAGAAAUUAAGGAACAUUACACUGGGAACAAAGUGCGUAACGCGCAACUUCGAGAAGAUUUGCCGACGGCGAAAGUCGAACAGGAAUUGGAGAUGCUCAGAUACCAGAGUUACGUUCAAGAGCAAGAGGAGAGGGAUGCCUUGGUCGCCAGACAGAUCGCUCUGUCCCUCGAGCGUGAAGAGAGGCAGAGGGAAAGGGAGCUGCAGGAGCAAAUGAGGCUGCAAUUGAGGCUGGACGACGAGGCGGUUCAGCUUGAACUGGAACGACACGUUCAACAAGAAAAAGACGAGGAACUAGCUAGGAAGCUGCAGCAAGAAGAGGAGGCGAACGGUAUAGACAGGCAGGACGGUCCGGUAAACGAGCAAUUGCUCAUGGAUGAGAAGAUCGCGAUGGAGGCGCAGGAUGCCGAAUUGGCGCGGAUGCUUCAGGAGAAGGAGCGUGCAAAGAUCAGGAAAGCCAGGCAGAGAGCGAGGCAGAGGAAGUUGGAGCGGCAGCAGCAGCUUCAAGGUUCGGAGGAACAGGGUCACGCGGAGAAGCCUCAACGACCCGACAAAUUGGAUCUGAAGAGCGCGCACGGGAAAGGCAGGAUGCAGCAAAGUGUCGGCUAUUCCGAUCCCGAGGAGAUACAAGUGCUUGACGAUUCCGCGGAGAACGUGAAAGAAGUACGGAACGUAGCCGCGAUCAUCGACCCUACGUACAACGGGAAUAUCUACAGGAAUACGUCGAGCAGCUCGAGCAGCACCGUGAGCCCUACGUACGUGUUGCCCACGCCGCCUCAGGAGCUUAUGAACGACGAUGUUCCCUGUUACAUGCCUAUACAAGGACAACGAAGAAAUCAAAUGCAAUCACCGUCCCAAGUUCACGAGGAGAAGCAUAAGCGACGAGUGAAAGACAGCUGUAAACAGCAGUAGUACGUUUAGACAACUAAAUCUUUUUUCAGAGCAAGUAUUUUUCGAAAAAAUAUUUCCGUUGCCAUGAGAGAGAGUAAAUUUACGCGGUAGGUUCUGUAAUUCAAAGAUGGACACGAAUCUUCUGUUUACAAAGAUAUAGUAGAAAGCAAUAAUGGAAAAUGUCGAUGUGCCUUUCGAAAGAGUACGAUGUUAAGGAAUCGGCGGACAAGUGAUCGCGCCGUCCUCUAUAUUGUAUCUGCCUUCUUUUCUCGGACACCUUUUUAUACGAGAGAAUAGACGGACGAUAAGACAAUCAACAGUUAAGAUUACGUAGGAACAGAUACGCAUCUAGUAUAAUCGUAUCGAAUAAGAGAACAAUAAUGUACAAAGAGAUCGAGACCAUUCAGACUGAAUAUCAAAUCAUGUAAUUGAAGCUAUACACGCUCUCUGAAUCAAUUGUAGAUUUACGAAUCUAACUUGAAAUUUUUCUCAUACGAGCUGCUGCUACUACUUAUUAUUAAUUAUUUAAAACGCGCGAGUGCAGAAUAUAAUUUACAACCAAAGAGGAUCGAUUCUGCUAUUGAGAAAUAAUACUGCUUAAACGGAUCGAACGAUGUUCACGCGUUCUUUUUUUUUUUUUUUAAAUAAGCCGCGCGAUCGUGUUACAAUUUUGACUAAUUACAGUCGACGGUACGUGGCUCGCUCAUAGUAUUAUUUAACAGUGCUUCAGUAUUUAAGCUUAAUACUAUAUAAUUACUUAUUUAUGGUGAUUGGAAAACUUAUUCGCUAGCGAUAGUGUAUAUUGAUUCUUUUUUACAUUUAUUGUGUAUGAAUACAGCUAUACACGGAUGGAUAUACUAAUAAAUUAUUUACAAACUA